CCGGCCUUGCCCUGCCGGCCCGCCAGGCCUGCGACUCGCGUGAGGGGAGGGGCCGGGCAUGGCCCCCUGAGGGGCCCCGGGGGAGGCGGCGGCGGGGCGGGGGCAUGGAGCCCCGGGAGGAGCCGGGGGAGCGGGGCGAGGCGGGCGAGCAGGGGCCCUGGGCGGAGCGGGCCGAGCCGGGCGACUGGGCAGGCCGGGGCGAGCAGCGGGGCCCGCGGGCCGCCCGGGGCGAGCCGGGCGAGGGCGGCGAGCGGGGGGGGCUCAGGGCCGCCAGGGGCGAGCGGGGGGGCCUGCGGGGCGCGGAGCCGGGCGAGUGGGUGGAGCGGGGGCCGCCCUGGGCCGCCGAGCCCGACCCGCCCUUGCCCCCCGAGGACUUCCUGCCGCCGCCGGAGUGCCCCGUCUUUGAGCCCAGCUGGGCCGAGUUCAGCGACCCCCUCGGCUACAUCGCCAAAAUCCGGCCCAUCGCCGAAAAAAGCGGCAUCUGCAAGAUCCGGCCCCCCGCCGACUGGCAGCCCCCCUUUGCUGUGGAAGUGGAUAAUUUCCGGUUUACCCCACGGAUACAGAGGCUCAAUGAAUUGGAGGCACAGACCAGAGUGAAAUUGAACUAUUUGGACCAGAUUGCCAAGUUUUGGGAGAUCCAAGGUUCCUCAUUGAAAAUUCCCAAUGUAGAGAGACGAAUCCUUGAUUUGUACAGCCUGAGCAAAAUUGUGAUGGAGGAAGGUGGAUACGAAGCCAUCUGCAAGGAUCGCCGGUGGGCACGAGUGGCCCAGCGCCUUUCCUAUCCAUCAGGAAAGAAUAUUGGCUCUCUUCUUCGCUCCCACUAUGAGCGCAUAAUUUACCCUUACGAAAUGUAUCAGUCGGGUGCCAAUCUUGUGCAAUGCAACACUCACCCAUUUGAUAGCGAGGAGAAGGACAAGGAGUAUAAGCCUCACAGCAUCCCUUUGCGCCAGUCAGUACAGCCAUCGAAGUUCAACAGUUACGGGCGCCGGGCCAAGCGUCUGCAGCAGGAGGAAUCCGAGUCGUGCCCUGAAUCUGUCAGCACCCCAGCUCUGUUCCCUGAGCAGGCGCCUCAAGCAUGGCCAGAGCCAACAGAAGAAGACAUUGAGAAGAACCCGGAACUGAAGAAACUGCAGAUCUACGGUGCUGGUCCCAAAAUGAUGGGCUUGGGGCUCGUGGCCAAAGACAAGAACAUGCGUAAAAAAGACAAAGAGAUGCUCGACUGUCCUCCUACAGUGAUAGUGAAAGAGGAGGCCCCUGUUCCCGAGAGCAAGCUGGAGCCCCCAUCUCCCCGUGGCUAUGCAAAUGUGAAAGAAGAACUGAGGCACAGUCCAGAACCCUGCACCAAGAUGACAAUGCGUCUGCGGCGCAACCACAACACUCAGUUUAUUGAGUCUUACGUUUGCCGGAUCUGUGCCCGGGGGGAUGAGGAUGACAAACUGUUGCUUUGUGACGGCUGUGAUGACAACUACCACAUCUUCUGCCUGUUGCCACCCUUGCCCGAGAUCCCCAAAGGCGUCUGGAGGUGCCCCAAAUGCGUCAUGGCGGAAUGCAAGCGCCCUCCAGAGGCUUUUGGCUUUGAGCAGGCCACUCGUGAAUACACGCUGCAGAGUUUUGGAGAGAUGGCUGAUUCCUUCAAGGCUGACUACUUCAACAUGCCUGUACAUAUGGUGCCAACAGAAUUUGUGGAAAAGGAGUUCUGGCGUUUAGUGAACAGCAUUGAAGAGGAUGUGACAGUGGAGUACGGGGCUGACAUCCAUUCCAAGGAAUUUGGAAGUGGCUUCCCCAUAAAUGAUGGCAAACGGCAGCUCUCCCCUGAGGAGGAGGAAUAUGCGGCCAGUGGCUGGAACCUCAACGUGAUGCCGGUGCUGAAGCAGUCUGUGUUGUGCCACAUCAACGCUGAUAUUUCAGGCAUGAAGGUUCCCUGGCUCUAUGUCGGCAUGGUGUUCUCUGCUUUUUGCUGGCACAUUGAAGAUCAUUGGAGCUACUCGAUUAACUACCUCCAUUGGGGUGAGCCCAAGACCUGGUAUGGGGUCCCAUCCUUUGCAGCUGAACAUCUGGAAGAAGUCAUGAAGAAACUAACUCCAGAAUUGUUUGAGAGCCAGCCAGACCUGUUGCACCAGCUGGUGACGCUCAUGAACCCCAACACCCUCAUGGCUCACGGUGUCCCAGUGGUCCGGACCAAUCAGUGUGCUGGAGAGUUUGUCAUUACCUUCCCUAGAGCCUAUCACAGUGGUUUCAACCAGGGCUAUAACUUUGCUGAAGCAGUCAACUUCUGCACUGCUGACUGGUUGCCAGCUGGUCGCCAGUGCAUCGAACACUAUCGGCGCCUCCGCCGCUACUGUGUCUUCUCGCAUGAGGAGCUUAUCUGCAAAAUGGCCGCCUGCCCUGAGAAGCUGGACCUGAACUUGGCAGCUGCUGUACACAAGGAGAUGUUUAUCUUGGUGCAAGAGGAACGCAAACUGCGCAAGGCUCUCCUUGAUAAGGGUAUCACGGAGGCAGAACGGGAGGCUUUUGAGCUGCUCCCGGACGAUGAGCGCCAGUGUGACAAGUGCAAGACUACCUGCUUCCUCUCGGCACUGGCUUGCUACGACUGUCCGGAUUGCCUCGUCUGUCUCUACCACAUCAACGACCUGUGCAAGUGCCCCAGCAGCAGACAGUACCUCAGGUAUCGAUACACCCUGGAUGAGCUCCCAGCCAUGUUGCACAAGCUGAAGGUUCGAGCAGAGUGCUUCGAUACCUGGGCAAACAAGGUUCGGAUGGCUCUGGAAGUAGAAGAUGGACGCAAGAGGACCUUGGAGGAGUUGCGUGCCUUGGAGUCGGAGGCGCGAGAGAGGAAGUUCCCUGAGAACGAGCUGCUUCAUCGGCUCAAGGGCUGCUUAAGUGAAGCUGAGAAGUGUGUCUCGGAGGCUCUGGGUCUGUUGAGCAGCCAAGAAACUGGGGAAGCGUCAGUCCAUAUGACAGUGGAGGAAUUGCGCACAUUUCUCGAGCAGAUGAGCAAUUUGCCCUGCGUCAUGCACCAGAUCAAGGAAGUCCAGGUAGUCCAAGGCCUGCUGGAGAAAGUGGAAGCCUUCCAAGCGGACGUUCAGGAGGCCCUACAGGAUCUCCCCAGUAACUCUCCAGAGCUUCACAAACUGCUGGCCCAGGGGACGCGGCUGGGGGUGGACGUGCCUGAGAUGGAGCUGCUGGAGAGGCAGGUGCAGCAGGCUGUCUGGCUGGAGGAGGUCAAGCAGACACUGCGUUCGGCCCAGGACAAAGCCACCCUCUCCGUGAUGAAGGCACUCAUCACUUCUGGCUGCGGGGUUGCCCCUAGUCCUGCUGUGGACAAGGCCAUGGCUGAGCUGCAGGAGCUGCUUACCAUUGCCCAGCGGUGGGAGGAGAAGGCCGAGAUGUGCUUGGAGGCAAGGCAGAAGCACUUGCCCGCUACCCUGGAGGCCAUCAUCAAAGAGGCUGAACACAUCCCGGUGCAUCUGCCCAAUAUCAAGUCCCUCAAGGAGGCACUUUCUAAAGCCCAGGCUUGGAUUGCUGACGUGGAGGAGAUCCAGAACGGGGACCAUUAUCCCUGCCUGGAUGACCUGGAGGGGCUUGUGGCUGUGGGCAGGGACUUGCCAGUGCGCCUGGAAGAGCUGCAUCACCUCGAGCUGCAAGUGGCCACUGCACACUCCUGGAGGGAAAAAGCCUCCAAGACUUUCCUCAAGAAAAGCUCCUGCUACACCCUGCUCGAGGUGCUGUGCCCGUGUGCUGAUGCUGACUCAGACAGUGUCAAACGCACCAAAUGGCAGCGAGAGAAGGAGCCCGGCCUGUACAAAUCUGACACGGAGAGUCUGGGCCUCUCGGCACAAGACCUCAGGGACCCUGGCUCUGUGAUCCUAGCCUUCAAAGAGGGUGAGCAGAAGGAGAAAGCAGGGAUUCUGUGCCUUCGCCAGUCCAACGCUCAGAAGCCCGUGCCAUCGGUCCACAGUCCGCCUGGGGACCAGUACUGUGUGUGCUCCCAGCCCCCCAGCUCUGCCAUGCUGCAGUGUGAACUGUGUCAGGACUGGUUCCACACCUCCUGUGUGGCUUGGCCCCGCCUGGGCAGUCCGUGUCCCUCUCCUGCAUGGUGGGAAUGGGAAGCAAAAUUCCUGUGCCCCCUGUGCCAGCGCUCCCGCCGGCCCCGCUUGGAGACUAUCCUGGCUCUGCUUGUGGCUCUGCAGAAGCUGCCCGUGCGGCUGCCCGAGGGAGAGGCCUUGCAGUGCUUGACGGAGCGAGCCAUGACCUGGCAGGACCGGGCCCGCCAGCUCCUCGCCUCCUCAGAAGUGGCCGCUGCCUUGGAGCACCUGGCGGGACGACGGCAGCGGCUGCUUGGGGACCCGGCCGAGGAGGCGGGUGCACUCGAGGAAAGCAGCGGCAGCGCACGGCCCAAGGUGUCCUUGGAGAAUGGGGACUCCACAUCUCCAGAGAAGAGCAGCUCUUGUGCCUCAGAUCUGGCGAUGCUCUGCUCGUACCUGCCGCAGCUGCAGGGCCCCGUGCUGGAGCUGUCAGACACUACUCGUCUCUCCCUGGAGGAGCUGCUCAUGGAAGGGGACCUGCUGGAGGUGACGCUGGAUGAGAGUCAGAGCAUGUGGCGCCUGCUGCAGGCCGCCUGUGCCCCUCACCUCGACAAAUUCCGCCAGCUGCUGGAUCUGGAGCAAGCAGAACGUUGUGGUACCCGUGGGCGAGGCCGAGACACAGAGCGGCGUCGGAAGCGCAAGAUGGAGCGUGGCGACUACCCAACCCUGCCCAAGGAGGAACUAGAGCCAAAGAAGAGCCGGGGGGAAGACCCAGCGCCGCCCCAGGGUGGGGCUCCCCCUGCAGCAGGCACAGAUUGCAGCCACAAUGGAGUUGGGUUGUGACAGUCGGAAGAUGCCUGGAUUUCCCCUUCCCGGACUGCACUGCACUGCAAGGGACUCUGGCAGCCCCACGUCACCCUGUCGGUUUGACUAGCACUCUGCAUGGGGGGGGCACCCAGCCCCAGAAGCUGGGGGCUGAACGUCGCCCCCUGGGACUCAGCACUGGCCCUGCACCAGACUCUUUUCAGACAAUGUAAUAUUUUAUUUUAUUUUUCCUCCUUUUGUAUUGUUGAUGCCUCAGCAGGGGGAGGCAUUUGCAGGGGUCACCAACAUGCAGGGCCUGCCAGUUCCGUCAGCGGAAACAGUAGAAAGUACCCAGGUCUGCUGCUGUGAGGACGAUGGCGUUGCAGAGAGAGACCGAGAAAUGGGUGGCCAGCAGUGUGUGCGGGGACUAGCCCCAACUCCUUGCUUCAGGCAAUAAAGGGAGUUGAGCGCCCUCUUCAGGGAGGGCAGCAUCCUGCUUCUUGUACCAGCAUUCCCUGGGCGCAAUGGGGACAGCACCCCCUGUUGGACAGAGGGGCUGCUCCCCCGAACACCCCAAAUCCCUGUGGUACCUGUUGGGUUUUAUAGGAAUUGGGUAACCACUUUGUUCUUUUUGGGCUGGUGGAAAGGGCAAGGAAUCUUCUAGUUCCACUCCAGCCUCUUCUCCACCCUCACCUUCCCACCCCUGAACCAGGGCCCCCAGGCUGCCUCAGGCUCUGACACUAAAGUCUUUUGUCUCUCUUUUUAGUGUUUUUUUUCCAUUAUUUUCUCCAGCAGAGGGUGGGUGGGCUGUUGGGGGUAGGGUGGGGUGUGUUAUUUUAUUGUAUUAUGAUUUUUUAUUAUUAUUAAACUUUGGAGGUUA